AUGGUAGGGUCUCUCGGGUGGACGAAGACACUCGUGUCGCUCAGGAGGCCGUGGAGAAAGCAAAAGAGGAAGCCACUCAGUCGAAGGCAAAAGACGAAGGCUGCUUUGGCCAGGGAGGCGGCCGCUAAGGCUCAGGAAGAAGCAGCACAAUAUAAGGAUGAGGCCAUCGACCUUGACAAGGUGAAGAGGCUCGUAGAGUCGGACCUAGCCGCCGCCCGACGCAAAUAUGCCGGGCUGAAGGAGGAGCUUCUAAAUAGUGAGAUUGCUCAGGGCACGGCGGAGGAGGCCGAGAAGAAGGUCCAUGAGGACCUUGAGGUAGAACAGGCCUGCUCUCGCAACCUUUCUGAUGACAUCAACCGUCUAAAGAAAGCGCUACAAGAGAAAGAAGACGCUAUCCUGCUGUUGGGCAAGCUGAUCGAGGACCUGCGGGUCGACAAGACGGAGCUGGCCCGCUCCUCUGAGAAUAUCAAGAAAGCCAACACUGACCUGGUUGGCGAAAACACGACUCUUGAGGAGAGGAUCCGCGGGCUUAAGGAUGAUCUGCUGGCAGCCCAGGCCGAUUCCCAGUCUCUUAAGGCACAGAUCAAGGGGGAGGUCGUGUUGACAGGUCGACUAAGAACAGCAAUUAAUGACCUCUCGACCUCUUGGGAGCUCGAGCCUGCAAACAAGAUGGGGGAGGCGGCUCGAGGCAAUGCUCUAAUUGACCAGCUAUGCUACUUGGGUGCCACUCUGAGGGACCGAGUGCGAGACACACUCCAUACUGGGGUGAAGCGGGCUAUGGCGGUCGUCUGCUCGGGCUUCUCCUAUGAUAUGGAGGUAGUGUCCCAUGGCUUCGUCACAAACAUCUCCAAGACCGAUGCUGAGAACGAGGAGAGGUUCCAUGCCUUGAUCGAUGAAGCAGAGGUUCUUGGCGAGAGGUUGGUGAAGCUGUUCGAGCCAGAGGUGCUCCCUCCUGAAGCCGACGCGGGCGCAGAAGAUGGGGGUGAGGGCAGAGAUGAUGACUAAGGCCUGCGAGCCUAAUCUGGGUACUUAGACCCAUUGUAAUAUAUUUAGCACUUCUCUUGCUGCUCUUGUUAUUUCUAUGCUCUUGUUAUUUUUAUGCUUGAGUUUCUUUAUUGCCUUGC